UUAUAGGUCCUUGCAGCCCGAUAGUGAGUGGUGUUCUUGAAGCGUUAGCGUGGGCCGACUGGGCCGAAAGCCGCACUUCUUUCUAUAGCUUUUUUUACUGAAGCUUGUGAUCAUGAGGCGUCAAGCUGUUAGCUGCCUUCGCGGCAUGUGGCAGGCAGCUGCUGGUGGCAGCUGCCGCGAGGCUACUAGCCAGGCUGGAGCAUGCUCCUUUGCAGCUCAGGGCUUGCUGGCGCAGCAGCAGCGCGGUCUGCGGUCCAGCACUGCCAACCGCCCCAUGGAGAUUGCGCCUCUAUCGGCGCUGCCUUGGUCGCUGCAGUCAGCCCGCACCGCCACGGCGGAAGCACUUGUCCCAGCUAAGGUGAACAACUUCACGCUCAACUUCGGACCUCAGCACCCAGCCGCUCACGGUGUGCUGCGUCUUGUGCUGGAGAUGAACGGCGAGAUUAUUACGCGAGCUGACCCCCACAUCGGGCUUCUGCACCGUGGCACGGAGAAGCUUAUUGAGUACAAGACGUACGCCCAGGGCCUGCCAUACUUCGACCGUCUGGACUAUGUCUCGAUGAUGUGCAUGGAGCACUCCUAUGUGCUGGCGAUUGAGCAGCUGCUGAACCUGGCCGUCCCGCUGCGUGGCCAGUACAUUCGCGUGCUGUACAGCGAGAUCACUCGUAUCAUGAACCACAUUCUGGCCAUUACCUGCCACUCGAUGGACGUGGGCGCGUUCACUCCUUUCCUGUGGGCUUUCGAGGAGCGCGAGAAGCUCUUCGAGUUCUACGAGCGCGUGUCUGGCGCCCGCAUGCACGCGGCCUACUUCCGCGUGGGUGGCGUGGCGCAGGACCUGCCCAUUGGCCUGCUGCGGGACAUCUACGACUGGGCGCGCCAGUUCGCCAGCCGCAUUGAUGAGGUGGAGGAGCUGCUGACGGGCAACCGCAUCUGGAAGGAGCGCACCGUGGAUGUGGGCACCAUCACUGCGCAGAUGGCCUGGGACUGGGGCUGCUCGGGCCCCAUCCUGCGCGCCAGCGGCAUUGACUGGGAUCUGCGCCGCGACCAGCCGUACGAGGUGUACGGCAAGAUGAAGUUCAACGUGCCCAUUGCCGGCCACGGCGAUUGCUACGACCGCUACCUGGUGCGCGUGCAGGAGAUGCGCGAGAGCCUGCGCAUCAUUUUCCAGUGCCUCAACGAGAUGCCGGACGGCCUCUACAAGAGCCCGGAUGCCAAGGUGUGCCCGCCUAGCCGCACCACCAUGAAGCAGAGCAUGGAGGCGCUCAUCCACCACUUCAAGCUCUACACGGAGGGCUUCCACGUGCCCGCGGGCGAGACCUACCGCGCCGUGGAGGCGCCCAAGGGAGAGUUUGGCGUGUACCUGGUGUCGCGCGGCGGCAACCGGCCGUACCGCUGCAAGAUCCGCUCGCCCGGCUACGCGCACUUGCAGAUGAUGGACGUGAUGGCGAAGGGCGCCAUGCUUGCGGAUGUGGUGACGAUCAUCGGCACGAUGGAUGUGGUGUUCGGUGAGAUUGACAGGUAAAGGAGGCAGCGGAGGAGGCGGAGCUUGAGCGUGGAGCAUGGGGAAGGCGUGGCAGAAUCGAAGUGGGUUGUGGUGAUGGGUGGUGCUCGUGGGUGCGGAGUGGAUAGAGGCGGAAGAGGGGGUGAGAGCCCGGGGCGCAGGGGAAGGAAGACGGCGGACGGGUUGGCGAGGAGAGCAGCAGCUUACACAAGGGGCCGUCCCGGAGGAAGCGUGCAUGGUCGCUCUCCUAGCAUGUAAGCCCCCAGGCGUGCAGCAUGGAUUGGGCCUGUGUAGGGGAGACGCCUGCAUCGGAUACCUGGCAAUCACGUUGAACCGUUGUGCUGGGUGGGAUUUUAAGGUUUGCAGCAGCAGGAUAGGGCCUUUCGCGAUGGGUCUUCCCGUCCUGGCUUGUCGAAGUGGGCUGCCCAUGCGUGACCCAGUUAGCGUGACAGAGGUUGCAGUGGCGGGUACAUGGAAUGGCUUCCAAACGGUACGGCCCAUCCCGGGUGGAUGAAGCGUCGAUCGGGCUAGGACAUAGUGCGUGCUGGGAGGAAGUGAUCUGAUUGUUCAGGCGCAGACAAGGCUGUAGCUAGGAAUUGGAGGUUCGGCCGGUUUUAGGGUGUGGCUUAUCAACCUGACAUAAAAUAGGUGGCCCCUCGCUUCGGAGGGCAUUUGGGUCGCCCGCACAUGGCGUGUCUCCGGCAAGUAAUUGGACAAUUACUUGCGCUAUGGGCCGGGCUUCGCAAGCGGCCAUGUGUAAAACAAGUGUAAUAGCAGAUACGUCGC